GCUUUUACUCACGCUAAUAUAGCGAUCAGUCAACUUUCGAAACGUCGGUUUGUUAGAUAGUAAUGUUAUAGCGUUUUUUAGAAGUAGCAAACGAUUAAAAUAUAAUUUUCCAGUAAUUAUUAGGAGAAAUAAAAUUAUUAAAGUCAACACAACUCGGUGACCACCUUCUGAAAAUUUUAAAUGUUUUAGAAACAAUAUUAUAUAGAAAUGAAAGAAAGAGAGAGGCAGAGGCAAAAACAAGCGUGAAAGAGAGAGAGAAGAAGAGGAAGGAAAAAAGAAUGUCGACGACGACUUCAGAGGCGAGAUCGCCGUUACCGUUGUUGUUAAGACGAGGAAGGUCUUCGACGGCAACAGGGACGUCGGAAGAGAGAUCGCCGUUAUCGUUACUGUUCAGAAGAAAGUCGAGUAAAGAUGUGAGGAACAUAACGUCCGUUUCGAGCAGUCUAUUGCCUGCGUUUGGGACAGUCAUCGAAGACGAUAAUCCUUCUUCCAAAGCUUUCAUCGUUCUUCCCUACGAUCGUCGUUACAGGUUGUGGCAACUGUUUUUGGUGAUUUUGGUGGGCUAUUCGGCGUGGGCAUCGCUCUUCGAGCUGGCUUUCGAGAAAGCUGCUGAAGGAUCUUUCUUGACCGUUGAUCUCGUGGUUGACUUUUUCUUCGCCGUUGAUAUCAUCCUCACUUUCUUCGUCGCCUACUUGGAUAAAUCUACGUACCUCAUCAUCGACGACCACAAGCUCAUCGCCAAACGGUACUUGAAGAGCGUGUCUUUUGUGAUGGACGUAGCAUCAACGUUACCGAUUCAAUUCAUUUACAAAUCCAUUACCGGAAAUGCCGGACGAGGCCAAGCUUUUGGCUUCCUUAAUUUGCUCCGCCUCUGGCGUCUCCGUCGUGUAGCCGAGCUCUUUAAAAGACUAGAGAAAGACACAAAUUUCAACUACUUUGUGAUCAGAGUCAUCAAACUUCUUUGUGUAACGAUAUUUUGGACACACAUAGCGGGUUGCAUUUUAUUCUGGAUAGCCUACCAUUAUCCAAGGCCUAUAGAAACAUGGAUAGGAUCACAAGUUGAGGAUUUCAAGGAGAGAAGUGUCUGGUUAGGCUACACUUAUUCUAUGUACUGGUCCAUCGUCACACUCACCACCGUCGGUUACGGCGAUUUGCAUGCGGUCAAUACCCGUGAGAAGACAUUCAACAUGUUCUAUAUGCUUUUCAACAUUGGCCUCACUGCCUAUAUCAUCGGUAACAUGACCAAUCUUGUCGUCCAUGGCGCUCUUCGCACAUUCACCAUGAGGAGUGCCAUCAAUGAUAUAUUGCGGUACACGAGCAAGAAUGGGUUACCAGAUAUGAUGAGAGAGCAAAUGCUUGCGCAUAUGCAACUAAAGUUCAAAACCGCGGAGCUAAAGCAAGAAGAGGUUAUUCAAGAUUUGCCUAAGGCCAUAAGAUCAAGCAUUAACGAGCAUCUUUUCCGCUCCACCAUAGAGAAAGCUUAUCUCUUCAAAGGAUUCCCCGAUGGCCUUAUCGUCCAGCUGGUUUCACAAAUAAAAGCAGAGUAUUUCCCGCCGAAAAUGGAGAUAAUAUUGCAAAAUGAGAUUCCAACGGAUUUCUACAUACUUGUAUCAGGAGGAGUGGAGAUAGUUGCAUCCAAGGGAGUGAGUGAACAGGUAUUAGCGAAGUUAGGUCCCGGAGAUAUGGCGGGAGAGAUUGGAGUCGUGUUCAACAUUCCUCAGCCUUUCACCGUGAGGACACGGAGACUUUCACAAGUUAUUCGAAUCGGUCACCAUGAUUUCAAGGAAAUGGUUCAGUCUGAUAUCGACGACGCCAAAAUCAUCAUGACCAAUUUCAUGACUUAUCUCAAAGGGUUGAAUGAUGAGUUGAAGAAAGAAAUCCCUUUUCUUAGAGAUUUAUUAGAUAAUGCAGAUGCUCAGGAAGCAAUUCAAACAGAGGAACCACCACAGAGUAACAAUGAUGAGAUAGUUCCAGUCUCAAGAGAUGAAAAUGAAACGAAAGAAGAGAAACAAAGAGAGGGAGUUCCCAUGAGAGUGAUUAUUCAUGGACAUUCUCCUAACGAAGAUAACAACAAUAUUGGUGAUUCCAACGGUAGACUUAUCAUUUUGCCUGAUACUAUCCAACUUCUAUUCGACUUAGCUGAGAAGAAGUUGGGGAAGCGAGGAAGCACGAUUGUGAUGGCAGAUGGUGCACAUGUUGAACAGCUCGAUGCUCUUCGAGAAAACGAUCAUUUGUAUAUUUUUUAACUAAAUACAUAACAAUAUAUAUAUAUAUAUAUAUAUAUAUAUAUAUUACAAUCUUCUCACUUCCCACAUACAAAUAGAGAAACAAUACUUUUGUCAUCGUAAACGUUCCUAUGAAAGGAAGCAAAUUCAGAUAUGUGAAAAUUAUAAGGUGAAGAAGACUGAAUACCCAAUCCAAUUAUAUUCAUGUAUUAUAUUAUGAACUUCUUUUUCUUUUGACCUUUUCAACUCCAAAUUAUUUUAGAUUGAAUAUUGCAUUUGCAUGACAAAG